UCCUAGACUUCAAUAGAGAAAGUGAAAUUAAUUAAUUAUGGUAAAUGGCUUGACAAACAGACAAAACACAGUUUGAUGUUUGUGGAGUUUAGGGCUGAGGAUUUAAGUGUUGUGGAGUUAAAGAAUUGACGUGUUUCUUACUGGUGUAAGAGACGCUGCCAGUUUACAGAGGAACCCGAAGACGACUGGAGAUGUGGGACAUGAUGUGGAUUUUUGCAGCUAGUAUCCUCUUGUUGUCUGAAGCAUGGAGCCAUGAGCCAGGAACUAACCAAAACUUCAACUCUAUGAACGCCAGCACCUCUCCUCCUAAAGUUUCUGUGGUCAUAAAUUCAACUUUCAACAUUGGGAGUGAAGUUAACCUGACAUGCAGCAAUAAGACAUGGAAUGAGAUUAUGUUUGUAACCUGGACUUACGUAGUAAAUAACCAACAUUGUAGAAUAGCCUCAAACAGUGAAGGUGGAAGUGUUGACAACUGCAAGGAUGGCAAAUCACUCCGAAACACAUCCACUGCUCAGUCAUACCUGCACAUCUCAAACUUCUCUAAUGAUGACGUGGGGGUCUACAAGUGUGAGUCAGUUUUCAGAGGAGGACUCGAAUCUUACGAUAUCCACGUGGCUAUCACAGUUCCUCCGAAAAUAUUAGCCUGGUUAGAGCAUAAGGACAACAAGAUGGUGGCAGUGUGCAGAGCUGAAAGAGGAAAACCUGCUGCCAACAUCAGCUGGAGUCAUGGGGGAAACUCAUCGUCUAAGACAAUUGACUCACAUGGAUUUUAUACAGUAGAAAGUCGCCUGGAGCUCCUCAAGGAAAUGGACAGAGAAAACCUGACCUGUGCUAUCAGGCACCAGUCCUGGAAAGGGGAAAAGAUUUUAAUACCAGAACUCCCAAAAGGUUAUGUUCUCUGGCUGUGCAUCCUAGUUGUAGUGGUAAUCAUUGUGUUUUUGGCAGGAUUUUUAUUUUUUGCACAAAAGAAACUAACAACAUCAAGGCAAUGCCAACAGUCCGUAAUCUCAUCAUCUAAAUCUCCACCUACAGAACACGUGGAGGAAGUGGAGCCCUACGCCAGCUAUGUUCAACGCGUGAACUCUAUCUAUAACUCCUCUGCAGAUUUGUUCACAUAAGAUCCUGCACAUGCAACACACUCUAAAUGCGCAUGGCUCUGUGUGAGGGCUGUGAAAGUGAGAAACGAUGAAAUAGUAAAGAGAGAAAGGAAAGAGAUGAAAGACUUCCGAUAAGAAAGAGAAGCCUCUCAGUUUAAUUCUGCCUGAACAAAGCUCUUGAGUGAUGAAGCAGGGAAUGUACCUAAUGACACUCACUGGCUCCAGUGCACAGCGCUGCAGCCCACCACUCUGUGUGUGGGUGUCAUAAAGAACAUUAAUAAUAACUAAAAUGCAGCGAUAGAUGGAUUUUAAAGAACACCGCCUUCAGCUGGACUCAGCACACCAAGACUACAGAACCUUUGACAGGCUACAAUUACAGUAUAUUCCUAAGAGAACACAGGUGCAAAAUUGCUUCAAGAUAAUAUGGACAAUAUUAAACAAAGUUUUCAUGCCAUGUCUUAAUGUACAAGUUAUUGAGUGUAUUAAACAUACAUCUGUACAUAUUGGUUUCCUUGUAGCUAGCUCUACAAAAUUAAAAGAACACUAAAAAAAGUACAAAAGAACAAGCAACUGAACUUUCCAAUACUGAUAACUGUAUGACUGUAUGACACAAAGUGUAAAAAACAGUCUGUGGUCUAGAUCAAAUCUUUUUUUCACACUGUGGUUAAUAUCUAAAAACAUUAAAUGUCAAGUUGACUUGAAAAUCCUGUGUAGAUAUGCAUCAAACUGUUUUUUUUUAAUUCUGUCUCAUGAUUGAUCAGAGACUUAGGUGUGGUUUCAACUUUGAAGGGGACUCGUAUGGAACAGGGUUUUUUAUGUACUUAUUUGUGCCUAUUCUGCAUUGAUUUACUAUAAAUGUCUUUAAUUUUAUAAAUAAAAUAAGUAAUAACAAGCAA